AUGGAUGUACUGUCACGGAAACUUAUGAGAUUCCCCCAUCUGUGUCAUCAACAAAACGAAUAUGGAGAUUUUAUCGCGCACACUGCUUGUCGUUUCGGUCGUAGUGAGGUUGUGAUGCUCCUCGGCCGAUUAGAAUAUGACUUUGAUUCGGAAUACAACUCAAUGGGGUAUCUGCCCAUCCACACUGCCUGCCAGUAUAAACAAAUCGAUUGCGUACUCGCCCUUCAGUUGUGUGGUGCCGAUAUCAGUGCUCCAACUGAGUCAGACAAACUCACUUCAAUGCACAUCGCAUGUCGGUUGGGCUAUAUGCCGUUAAUACACGCGCUUGUACGGGCCGGAGUAAAGUUCAACACACCCGACGCGUAUGGAAACACACCGUUGUCCACAGCAAUCGCGCUAGGUCAUACUAGUAUUAUUGAAGUUGCUCGUAGCCAAAUGGACUUUACAGAACAAGCAAAGCAGUGUAUUCGGAACUUGCUCAAAUAG